GGGAGGAAGUGAUGCAGCCAGUUCCGUCGGAUUGGGAGCCAUUAGCUGCAUGUCGGCCCCGUGCUCGCGGCUCUGGGCCCCUGGGAGCCAGUGAUCGAAUCUCAGCGCCGGGAGCUCCGGCCGGGCGGCCACAGGAACAGCGAGAGAAACGGAGAGACCCGAGACUGACCGAUUUGCCAUGCUGAGGGUUUGAAUCCAGCCGCCCUCAUGUCGGAUGAAAAAAUUUCCCAGUGGAGGAUCACCACCAGAUCAGCUCAUCGACUUAGUCAGGAAAACUCCAACAUGCAGGACUCGGACACAUCGUCCUCUCCAUCAGGCUCCCUAAACACCAACCUCUCCACCUCACCUAAAAUGGAGCCCAAGUUAGAGCUGAAGGAAGAGCCUACUGAAAAUGAGACACGUUCUACAAGCUCAGACUCCCAGCUAUCUCCUGCCAUAUCGCAGACGGCCACUUCACAGGUCAAGGACCCUCUGGGGGUGGCACCUAUCCUGCCAAGCCCUUUCACUGGGAGGAAGAGAAAAGCCAACUUCUCCAAUGAAGAGACAGAGACUCUUGUGAGAGAUGUUGUUAAACACUUCAGUGCAUUGUAUGGAACAGAGGCCCUGAGAACAGAAUCCACCCGCAGGAACCUACGAAGGAGCCAAUUAUGGAACCAGAUCCAGAAAAAUGUUAAUGAAUUGGGAUACACCCCUCGCACCAUUGAUGACCUGAAACACAAGUGGAGAGAUCUACGGUUGGAAGUAAAGAGAAAGAUCACUCAUAAAAAAACGUCAGGAAAGCCUCCUGCCCCUGGUGUGACCCCCAUUAUAGACACUAAGCUUACCCCUCUAGAGGACCUUGUGGCCUCCACUAUAGGACACCAUUGUACACUUGAUGGUGAGCAGGAAGGAAUGUACAUGGAACCAGGUGUCCCCAGACAGUCAAUCUUUUUCUCCUGCAGAGGUCCUAAUGGUAUGCCCGACCUUGGCGGUGACAGACUCGGCUCCACAGCAAGUCCUCGGCCCCCUGCAGAGAUCUCCCUUAUGCCUUCUUUGAUUAAUUCUCCCCCUGCUCAGUUGACCUUUGCUCCUGCAUCUGAUGAAGGCGAAAAUGAGGACCAGGAAAUGGAAGUAACACCAAAAGUCAUGAUCAAACCUUUUACUGAUACAUGGACAGCAGUUAGUGCCUUGUUAGCAACUACACAAAACCACAUGACAAAACAUAGUCUGGCUCCACCAGCAGCAAAAAAGUUUAUCAUUGCUCCACCCGAAAUACUUACAGUAAAGCAGGAGCUGAUCCCGCUCAAAUCUGACAUGGAAACAGGACGCUGUGAGUCGCAAGGCUCUGUGAUGUCUUCUAAUGAGGAUUCUCUUGGCCCCUCCACUGGACAAGCUGAAUGGACUGUAAACAGUAAUGGAGAUAACAAGGCAGCAUCUGUGGGGUCUGGAGACACAAUCCAGUUAAAAGUAGAGGAUGAGGUAGAGAGCCAGAAAUCAGAUGGAAAUUCACAAGAGGCGGCUGAGGCUAGCUGGAAUGAGAACCAGGAUGAGUGGGAGAGGCAGUCUGCAUCUCCCCAACCAAGUGAGACUGCUCAGGAAGACUCUGCUCAUUCCUCCUCCUCACAGGAGGAAGAGCCCAACUCUGCGGGGGAACUGGCUAGAAAUGGGGAGUGUGCCAGCCCAACAGACGAACACAAGGGCCCAUGGAGGACUAACAUGCAUCGGCUCCUAGAGCUUGAGGAACAGUGGGAUAGUAUGUAUCACCGAGAGCUUGGCAUGUGGGAGGAGGAAAGGGCUCAGCAAAGGGAGCAGCGAGCCCAAGACCGGGAGCUCCAACAACAGCUACUGAGUGUUCUCACGGAUAUUCGUGAUGAGCUUCGAUAUAUCAGGGAGGAGAGAGUUGCUGCUCGGCAAAACCAAGCUUCUAAUGGCUCGCCUCUGGUGGUGAGCCCACCCCCACCAUCCAGACCUGUAACCCCUUCGGAAAGCCUGGAUCCCAGCUCGGAGCCCCAUUCAGAAACUCCAGCCCAAAAAACUCUUGUGUUAGCACCACUUGACUCUUCCACACCUGGGACAUUAAAACGUACAAGAGGUCGACCUCGUCUCUUAAAACCUACAUCCCUACCUGACAAUGAGAGCUGAAUUUGACUCACUUUGGCCUAUGGUUCCAGCAAGAAAUGUUAUGGAAGCCAAGAGGCCUCUCUGCCAGCGUGGUCUGCAGUGAGUGGUAGUCCACACUGGAAGUGAAAAGGUCAGCGUGUUUCAUUAGACACCCCAGGUGUUCAUUCGUACCCCGAGUCCUACGUUCAUUCUUGGAUUAUGUGUGGAAAUUCUAAAACUCUGACAGGGAAAUAGCUCUGGAGGAUUGCCCCUCAAUUAUUGUAGGAAUCAUCUAUUUGUGUUUUUUUUUUUUUUUUUUAAUGUAAAAAUAAGAAACUAGCAUCCGUAGUGUCCUGCUAGAUCCUUCCACCAUUAUUCCUUUACUGAAUAUUUUUUUACUUUGUGAAGCUAUGUAAUCAUUCUAGCUAAAUGUAGAGACACAAUGUGACUGCUCAGAUCUUCCUUCCCGGUGGAUAUCACUUGGUGUCCGUGCUUUCACCCCACACCCAGGCUGUAGCGAUGUUUAUGGAAUUCACCUCGCAAUAAAUGACGUUUAUUUAUUGUGACUAAAAAAUUAUAAAGGGUUCGUAAUUAAAUGGCAAAGAAGCUUCUGUCAAAUGGCAAAAGGAGAGAAAUUAUAUAUAAAAAGUGUGUGUAAAGUUAUGGGUGUAACGGAUUGCUAUAAAAAGCUGUGGAUCUUACAAAAAGCACAGGUAGUUGGGGGGAGGUGGGGGUUAGAUCAGUACGUUGGUUCGUAGCAGUUUGGUUUAAAACUAGAAUGGAAAGUGUUUAAGGAUAAAGCACUAUCGGCACUCAAUCUGCCAAAAUCCAGGCUUCCUGGAGGAGUCCCAGCUAAGAUAAUCCUGUUUUCAUAGCUUUUCACACACGUCAUAUAUGUAUAUGAUCUCUGUUUGCAUGUGCACACAUAUAAGAAUUUACUCUUGAGUGCUAUUUACGUAGGAUCAGCUUUUGUUACAUCGCUGUAUCUGUUUUUCACCCUGUGACUUGUUUUAAGUUCUUACAAAAUGUAGAUCUCAAACCAGUAGCUCCGCUGUGCAUUGCAGGAGAAUCGAUCCUUAAUAUUAGAAUAUAACGUCUGCUUUUAAUGAAAUCGCUGUUAUCACUCUAGACAUACAACGCAUUCCUUUUUCAUGUUUGGAAAAUAAAAUCCCGCCAGUGGAGGAAGGUGUUUUAAAACGUUAUCGAGAAUGAAUUUAAUGAAUUGACAAUGUUUUCCGUCUUUAUAAAAGAAGAUAAUUAGUAAAUGCAUUUCUAGUUUUGUACGCCAUGGUUCAGAUUGCGAAUGAAUGGAGAUCUGUGAUCCAAAGACUGAAUGAAUUGACAACUUUCUGGUUAAAUAGUGAGCAGUCCUUAUAGUGUGAGAGGACUCCGAAUUCUGCCGAGCGCAGAUGGACUGGGGGGGGAUAAUCCGCAGGGUCUGACGGUCUGAUUUCGGUGUACCGUGACCAACACACCUAACUCACCCUGUUACUGGACCUUUUAAACUUUUCAUGCAAUAAAGGAUUGAUUUUUAUAUA